AUGUCGUCCUCAGCAUCGCGAAUUGUUCAUCAGGAGUAUAUUGCUCGCAUACGAUAUUCCAAUGCCUUACCACCACCACCAAAUCCUCCCAAGCUUCUCGAUAUUCCCAAUACUGGCCUUGCCAGUGGUCAAUAUACUACACCUGGAUUUGCUACGAGAUUAGCGCGAGAUCAACCAUUAAAUAUAGAAGCUGAUGCAGAGCUUGGUAUGCCAUUAGACCUGGUGGGGAUGCCAGGUAUAUUUGAUGGAGAUGAGAGUUCUAUACAAGCGCCAUUACACCCUCCGCAACUUCAUCCUCAUGAUCGUGCUCUCCUAAGACCAUUGGCGACAUUGGGCAAACCAAAAUUCUCCGACACGGGAGUCUCAUUUCUGCGGCGCACUGAAUAUAUCUCCUCUGGCUACAGCUCGAAAGCGCGGAUGGAUGGCACCACCUCGGUGAAGGGACUUGUCGAUACGCGCAAACCGAAACCUGUUCAGGACUUAUCAGCUGAUCGUGAAUCUCCUACAUACAUCAAAUCACAGGUCGAAAAGAGCUUCGAAAUCGCCGCUGCUAAUCUCAAAGAUCUCACGCGAGUCCGCCAUCCUACAAAACGGAAUGUCAAAUUGGUGGACGCAGUUCCUCUUUUGCCAGAUCUGGAUUCGUUCCCAGAUGCGGGCGGAUACGUCCUGUUGAAAUUCCUCACAAACCCGGUUCCUCCAAGCAAUACCUACGAUACUCGCGUCGAAAGCAGUGUUUUACAACCCAUUGAUCCUAGCGAGGCAGAGUUAGAGCUCAAAGAAGCCGCUAGACAAGCUCAUGAACUGGACCCACAUAAUAAUCCAGCUCCGGAUGAAUCGAUACAAUACCAAAUGUUCAUGCCGGAGACUGCUACUGAUGCCAAGAAUAUCAAACGAAAAUGGGAUGUCUUGGACCCUGAACACGAUGAUAAGGAUCUGUAUUCUCGCAUUGAUGAGGAAACAGGCAAAGGAUCUUUCAGGUUGAAGAGACUGCGUGCGUAUGAGACCGCUGUUACGGAUGGUGGAACAGAUCGAAAAUAUGAUGAAGUAGUGGUAAUAGCCAUGCACGAUGGAACUGAUGGACUGCGCCAAAAAGCCGCUCAUUACUAUCCUGUAGUCCAACGCAACUCGAUUCGACCACAGAGAACCAAGAAUAUCCAGAAAGGGAAAGGUAUUAUUGGCAACGAAGAAGAGGAAAUUACGGAUUUCGUGGAUCUUAGCAUUGUCGAUGUAGGCCCGGAGACGAAGCAGGUAAUGGAUAGUUUCAAAACGGCGCCGUAUGGAGAGGAUCACGAAGAGGUGGCGGAGGAAAAGGUAGCCGAAGAUGCGCUUUCGGAAGCGGAUGCAGAAGGGGAGGAUGAUGAGCCGAUUUCGCCUCCAAGACCUAGUCUGGGUGGGAAGACGAUUGCUUCAAGGGUGCAGACUGAUGAUGACGAUGACGACAAUGAGAGUUUGCAUUCUGACGAUUAG